GUAUGUCCCUUCUCAGGCUGAUAUAGCAGUCUUUGAAGCAAUCGCGGCCCCACCUCCUGCAGACUUGUUUCAUGCUCUUCGGUGGUACAAUCAUAUUAAGUCGUACGAAAAGCAAAAGGCAAGCUUGCCGGGAGUAAAGAAGGCUUUGGGGAAAUACGGUCCUGCUGAUGUUGAGGACACAACAGGUGCAGCCACAGAUAGCAAAGAUGAUGAUGACAUUGAUCUUUUUGGAUCUGAUGAUGAGGAGGAAAGUGAAGAAGCAAAGAAACUGAGGGAAGAACGUCUGGCCCAAUAUGAAUCAAAGAAGUCCAAAAAACCAGCUGUUGUUGCCAAAUCAUCAAUCUUGCUUGAUGUGAAGCCUUGGGAUGAUGAGACAGACAUGGCCAAACUAGAGGAGUGUGUUCGAAGCAUUCAGGCAGAUGGCUUGGUCUGGGGAUCUUCCAAGCUAGUACCGGUUGGCUAUGGUAUCAAAAAGCUUCAGAUCCAGUGCGUUGUUGAAGAUGAUAAAGUUGGAACAGAUAUGCUGGAAGAGAGAAUAACAGCUUUUGAAGAUUAUGUACAAUCAAUGGAUGUAGCUGCUUUCAAUAAGAUUUAAGUCUUGAUAUAUGUAGAAUAAAUGUAAUUGCAAAAA